AUGACAGAUACCUCCUCCCUCGCCAUCACGCACGCCACCACGGAUUCGUAUCCGGUCACCGCGCCUCUGGAAUCCCCUGCCGCCAACGGCGCCGUCUCUGACUCGGUCGCGCCCGACGAAGAAGAGCCCUACACCAUCAAAUGCAUCUGUCAGUUUGACGAAGAUGAUGGUAGCACGGUAUUCUGCGAAGGGUGCGAGACGUGGCAGCACAUUGUCUGCUACUAUCCCGACAAGAGAGUGCCGGAUGUGCACAACUGCGUCGGCUGCGAGCCCCGGCAGCUGGACAGUCGGCGCGCGACCGACCGGCAGCGGCAGCGGCGGAUUCGAGAGAAAAGCGAAGACGGUGACCGGAAGAACCGGCGGUCGGGUGCCAAGUCCUCGCAAAAGAAGAAGAUCAACAAGGAGGGCGACGUGAAUGGUUUCCGGAGUGAGUCGAGUGCUCGCGACCAGCCACCGAGCAAGAAGGCCAAGAUCUCACAUCGUGCGUCUUCAUCCAUCAGUGCUUUGGCUGGCACUCCGACCUUUCCGCCGGACUCGCGCAAGCGCCGUUCUUCCACCUCCAUGGCGGUAAGCCCGACCAAAUUCUCCGGCCCCUCGAUCCCCCUUUACUCGAAUGAGUUCAUGCACCUCUACGACCAAGAUGACGACCAUGUCAACAUGGACAGCAAUCUCUUUGUCAAUGUGAGCCUAGUGGGGGACACUGCUUUGUGGUUGAAGGAUCCAAACGCGCUGGCGCAACGAACGGGUGGACAUCGUCCCGAGGAGAUCUUUACCUGGUCUGACGUCGCCAUGAACCGAUCACAGUGGCCCACCUUGACUACGGAGACCAUCACCGAUCCCAACCUCGAGAUCGAUGGCCGUCACCCGAUGUGGAAGAUUCUCAAGACCCAAAACCCGAUACAAGAAGGCCAGGUCGUGGGAGAGAUCACUGGCAAGGUCGGCCAUCUUCGCGACUACUGCCUCGACCCCAACAAUCGAUGGGCGGAAUUGCGCCAUCCGGAACCCUUUGUCUUCUUCCACUCCCACCUACCCAUUACCAUCGACAGCCGGCACGAAGGCAGCAUCCUCCGCUACAUUCGACGCUCCUGCAAGGCCAAUGCAACCCUGAAGAUCUUCAUUACCAACGACGUGGAGUAUCACUUUUGCUUCGUCGCCAAGGAGAACAUCCCCGCGAACUCGGAAAUCACUACCAUGUGGUACCUAGAACCGCAACUGUCUGUGUCAUCGGAUGGACUGGUGAAGCAGGAGUCCGGCGAUAGUGCAACCGAGGCCGCGGCCGUUCGUCUCAGCAAUGCUCUAGCCAACUUUGGUGGCUGUGCAUGUGACCCUUCACAAAACUGCCUGCUCGCCACCCUGGAUCGCCGGCGACACCCGAGAUCCUUGGACUCGAGGCAAGCAAAUGGCAAGCGAAAGAAGAAAACAAAAUCAAUUGCCUCGCCACUCGAUACGGGCCGAGCAUCCAACAGCCGGGCAGGCAGCGAGACGACCAAGCAUCCAGAUGAGGAUGAUCCAGGCGCUGAGAGUCGUUCCACCUCUGGGUCUGCACGCGGUCAGCCCCGUAGUCGCGAUCUCAGUCCAAGUGGAGCUCAAGACGCAGGGGCCGCUGCAUCAGAGCUGUCCAGUCGCGAACGGCGCAAGAUCGCAGAUGCCGAGAAGCAGUUCCAGCAGCUGGAGCAAGACCAGGGCAAGAAAAAGAAGAAACGUCCCAGCGGUCCAUCGGCAGGGUCUACUCCCGCUGCUGUCACCAGCUCAACGCAAACGGGAUUCUUUGGGUCUCAUCGUGCCUCAGGCAAGUCACUACAAUUGGAUACCGGCCAUUCUCGCUCGCCCACCGCCGCCGUUUCACCGAUGGGCGUUGCUCGUCACCCUUCUCCUCGAAAGACAUCUGGGAACAGCUCGCCGUUCAACCGUUCUCCUCUCGUUCGUCCGGUCUACGUGGAUGCCGCCGUACAAGCAGAUGUGUAUGAGGGUGAUGAGCCGCCGUCUACGCCGGAUAACUCACGUCGCAAGCGCGGUUUCGUUCCAAUGACAGUCCGCCUCUUGAAGCGAUACAGUACGGAUCGUCUACGGUCUGAGGAGAUUGCGCGACAGAAGUUGUCGUCGGCUGGCUCUGACAGUGUGGCGCCAGCUGACUCUCCGUCGUCGAGCACCUUCAAUGACAAACCUGAUGUUGCCAUGAUGGAUGCGGAACCGCCGCAAGGCGAUGAGGAGACGCAAGACACGUCGGUGAUGCCUGAAUCGGAAUCUCCCCAAUCAGCGAAAGACUCUGGGAAGCCACCGAUUCCACCACCGUGGCCCUCUACUGCUGCUCACAACACCCGGAUCCCUGGGAUGACCACCCCCGACAACCGUGGCAAUUUGCGCGUUUCCAUGCCUCCGCCAACACUCCCUCCCAUGCCUCUCUCCGUCAGUCCUGGUUCCGCCUCCACAGCGAGCCUUGCAUCCCCCACCACCUUCGAAACAUCCUCCCCGCACUCUGCCGGACAGCCACCACUCGGGUCUGUAGCUCCAACACCGACUCCCGCCAAGAAGAAGCUCAGUCUCGGUGAUUAUCUGAUUCGACGAGGCACGAUGGCCACCACGCCCACCUCGGAAAAGUCUCAGGCCCAAGCCAACGCCAUCCCUGCGGCACAGAAAUCACCAUCUACGCCGGGUAGCGGUAGUGGGCCCGUCGCCGGUGCAGACAAUGCACAACAGACCACGCCCACCAAGUCAGAGCCUGACGACGCCGACAAGAACGAGCCUUCCGGCUCGCCCGAUGUGUCUAUGAAGGAUGCUACGGAGUCGACGACGUACCCUCCCGUCCCGUCCGUAUCCUGA